AUGGAUCACGAAACCAUCACCAUUCAUAGGCCUGUAGAAGGAUUUGUCCAUGAGUAUGCUCCAAGACUGACUGCUUUUGAAUUCAAGAAUAAGGAGGUUCAGUCAAAGAAAAUUGUGCUUUUUAUCGGUGGUUUGACUGAUGGCCUACUGACCGUGCCUUACCUCCCAGAGCUCUCAUCUGGCCUGGACAAAAUCGGAUGGACUCUUGUUCAAAUUCAAUUCACGUCGUCGUACAUGGGCUGGGGAACUGGAUCCCUGGAGAGAGACGCCUACGAAAUCGGUCUUCUGGUUGAAUAUCUUCGGUCCGAAAGAGGAGGUUCUAGAGAAAAGGUUGUUCUCAUGGGGCAUUCGACAGGCUGUCAGGAUACGCUUCAAUACCUUGCCAAAUAUGUCCCCAAGGAGCCAGAAAAACAAGUGGAGGGUGGAAUUUUGCAGGCUGCCGUCUCGGACAGAGAGGCAAUUUUCCAUGCAUUGCAGCAGCAAGGAAAAGGGUGGGAAGAAUUAGAGGAACUGAAUGCUUUGGCACGCAAUUAUGUUAGCGAAGGCCGGGAACACGAGGUUCUUCCAAAAAAGUACUCAGAUCUUUUCUUGGGAGCUCCCAUCAAUGCGUACAGAUGGCUCUCUCUCGCGACUAAAUUAGGUGAUGACGAUUUCUUCUCUUCCGAUCUCACUUUGAAGGAUAAUAAGAAAACCUUUGGACUGGUGACACGUCCGAUCAUGGUGCUAAACUCCGAGAAAGACCAGUUUUACCCAGACUACGUCGACAAGCAAGCCUUGAUGACUCAAUGGAAGUCAGCGACUCCUGAGAAACUUUGGUCUCCACAUUCUGGGCUUAUUCCUGGUGCACUCCACAACAUAGGCCCUGGAUCUGCUCCUGAGGCUGUGGCAUGGACCGUCGAUAGAGUGUGUAAAUUCUGUACGGACCUCGAAUAG